UGGUGUAUACUAGCUUUCAUCCACCCUCAUGAUCAUUUACAAAGGCGUUUGUUUUCUCAGAAACCAUGGAGGCGAUGUUGAUUCUUGGCUUAUCAGUGGGGAAAAAAAAACUAGUGUUGCUUCCACGGCCUCAACCUGUUCUGAAAAUCAUAAGUGAUAUUGCCACUAUUUUUCAAAGUCAAGAGAAAUUAGGGGUUUUGGUUCGUAAGAGUGUUUCUGCUAUUGAUAAGGUAUAAAUCAUGUUAGUCUGUCAAUAGAAGCAUCUUUUUACCCUUUAAAAUCCAUAUGAAUGAAAGAAAGGUCAUUUAAAAAAAAGGUUAUGUGGCUACUAUUUUCAAAAUCCACAUAUUUGGAGCUUUGUUCGUAAGGAUAUUUUUGCUAUACGUAUAUGAAGUAGAAAUCAUGUUGAUCUGUCAACAGAAUUAUCAAAAAGCUCUUAAAAACCCGUGUGACAAAAAGAUUUUUUUAAAACGUAGGUUAUGUUACCUCUAUUUUUCAAAGUUCACGAAAAAUAGGAACUUUGUUCGCAAGAGUGCACUUAAUAUUGAUAAGUCAGAACUAAUGUUAAUUCGUCAACAGAACCAUCAAUAUGCCCUGAAAAAGUCCAAGUGACUGAAAGAGAAGUAUUUUAAAAUCAUAGGUGAUGUUGCCACUAUUUUUCAAAGUCAACAGAAAUGAAGAGUUACGUUUGUAAGAGUGUUUCUGCCAUUGAUAAGGUAAAAAUCAUGUUAAUCUUUUUAAUAGAAGCAUCACUCUACCCUAAAAACCCAUGUGACUGAAACAAAGGUCUUUUAAAAAUAUAGGAUAUAUGGCUACUAUUUUCAAAGUCCAGAGAUAUGAGGAGCUUCAUUCGUAAGAGUACUUUUGCUAUAUAGAGGAUAAAAUUCAUGUUAAUCAGUCAAUAAAACAAAUGACCAUUUAAAAGCCGUGUGACUAAAAUAAGAGUUUUUAAAAGAACAUGGGUUAUUUUACCACUACAUUUCAAAGCCAACAGAAAUGAAGAGCUUGAUUCGUAGGAGUGUUUUUGCUAUAGAUAAGUUGAAAAUCAUAUUAAUCUAUUAAAAAAUCCAUAAAACUAUCCAUUAAAACCCGUGUGACUGAAACAAGGGUCUUUUAAAAAUAUAUGUGAUGUAGUCACUAUUUUUCAAAGACCAUUAAAAAAGGAACUGUUCGUAACAGUGCUUUGGUAUUGAGAAGUUAGAAAUUAUGUUAAUUUGUCAAGAAAUCUACCAACUACCCUUAAAAACCAAAGUUACUGAAACAUGAAUCUUUUAAAAACAAAAGCUAUGUUGCCACUAUUUUUCAAAGUCAACAGAAAAGAGGAGGUGGAUCGUAAGAGUGUUUCUGCUAUUGAUAAGGUAAAAAAAAAAUCAUGUUGAUCUGUCAAGGAAAGCAUCAUUUCACUCUUAAAAACCCAUGUGAAUGAAACAAGCGUCUUUUAAAAAUACAGGUCAUGUAGCUACUAUUUUCAAAAUCCACAGAUAUGAGGAGCUUGGUUCGUAGGAGUAUUUUUGCUAUACAUAAAUCAGAAAUCAUGUUAAUCUGUCAAUAGAACUAUCAAAAAACCCUUAAAAACUCGUAUGACAGAAAAAGUUUUGUUUUUUAAACAUACGUUAUAUUACCGCUAUUUUUCAAAGUCAUCAGAAAUGAGGAGCUUGGGUCGUAGGAGUGUUUUUGCCAUUGAUACGGUAGAAAUCAUGUUAAUCUGUUCAUAGAACCUUAAGAUUAUCCAUAAAAAUCCAUGUAACUGAAACAUGAUUAUUUUAAAGUUAUAGUUAUGUGGCCACUAUUUUUCAAAGUACAUAAAUAAAGGAACUUUGUUCGUAAGAGUCUUUUGCUAAGAAUAAGUUAGAAUUCAGAUUAUUUUUUAAAGAGAACCACUAAACUACCCGUAAAAAUUCAAGUGACUGAAACAGAAAUCUUUUAAAAACAUAGGUUAUGUUGUCACUAUUUUUCAAGGUGAACAGAAAUGAGAAGCUCGAUUUGUAAGAGUGUUAAGGUAUAAAUCAUGUUAAUCUGUCAAUAGAAGUAUCACUAUACAGUUAAAAACCAAUAUGACUGAAUCAAUGGUUAUUUAAAAAUAUUGGUUAUGUGGAUUAUAUUUUCAAAAUCCAUAGAUAUGAUAAGCUUAGUUAAUACGAGUAUUUUUGCUAUACAUAAAGUUAAAAUCAUGUUAAUAUGUCAAUAGAACUAUUAAACUGCCCUUAAAAACGAUUCUGAUAAAAAAAAACAUUUAAACAUACGUUAUCUUACCACUAUUUUUUCAAGUUCAACAGAAACGAAGAGCUUGGUUCGUAGUAGUGUUUUUGCUAUUGAUAAGGUAAAAAUCAUGUUAAUCUGUUAUUAAAACCAUCAAAUUAUCCUUAAAAACUCGUGUGUCUGAAUCAAGGGUCUUUUAUAAAUAUGUGUGAUGUGGCGACUAUCUUUCAAAGUCCACAAAAAAGAGAUACUUCGUUCAUAAGAGUGCCUUUGCUAUUGAUAAGUUAGAAAUCAUGUUAAUUUUUCAAAAGAAACACUAAGAUACCCGUAAAAACCUAAGUGACUAAAACAGGAGUCUUUUAAUUCUAUGUGGAUAUCAGAGAAAAAUAUAGACUCAUGUAGAGAGAGAGAGAGAGAGAGAGAGAGAGAGAGAGAGAGAGAGAGAGAGAGAGAGAGAGAGAGAGAGAGAGAGAGAGAGAGAGAGAGAGAGAGAGAGAGAGGUCCAUUAAUAUUAAUGUAAUGAAGUAGUACAAGGUUCUUUGGGUUUUAUUUCCUGUAUAUAUAUAUAUAUAUAUAUAUAUAUAUAUAUAUAUAUAUAUAUAUAUAUAUAUAUAUAUAUAUAUAUAUAUAUAUAUAUAUAUAUAUAUAUAUAUAUAUAUAUAUAUAUAUAUAUAUAUAUAUAUAUAUAUAUGCACAUGAAAAAUAUCUUGAACCAGUGCUACUCUAUGAUUACAUGUUUAACCGUUCAUGAAGCAGUUACCCUUCCACAGAAUAGUAAGAAAAAUGAGUAGGGCUUCACCAGCUGCUUCAUUUGAUGAGGAGUAAAGUAAAUAAAAAGAAAAGAUGCAACAAAUACCAAUAUAAAGUGUUCUAAAUCUUGCCCUGAAGUAUUAGAGCAGAUGUAAGAGAAUGAAUCCUAAGUCCAGGUAAAAACAAAGACAAUUACGACUAAUAUUGUCUCCACAAAUCUCGAGUCAACAGACAGCACAGCCGACUCACGCGUAACAUGACGUCAGCAUGACAAAACCUUUAGGGUCAAGCUGAACACAAAAGAUAAAUAAUGUCACAAGCCAAUAGUGACAAUAUAUUCACAGGAGAUACGCAUGACACUCAAGUCUUACUUCUGUGUUGUUGCCAGAGCGUUAAGGGGAAUGAGGAGAUAAGUAAAAUUAGAUUCUUAAAAGAGAACGUAAAACACAAUUGCAAAACAGACUGCGGAAUAUUCGUUUCUGAUUAUAGGAAGACCAUCUGUGAGGUUACAAAACCCUCAGAAGCUGGUUCAUUGUUCCAUUCCAUACACUGAUAUGUACUCUUAUAUUUUGAAGCUUUGAGACAAUUACAUGCAGUUUACAGUGAGAUUACAAUCUCAAUAUAACAGUUCAUGAUCGUUCAGUAUACCUGCAUGGAACGCAAAUUAUCACAAAGUUAUCGCACCCUUUAAGUGGCUUCAAUAUCAGCCACCAUUUUGCUUUGAAAUAUGUAUACCAUGAUAAAUGACAAUAAUCUAUUUUCUACUUUGUGAAGGCACCUUAAUGCAUGCACCACCUAUAGACAAAGGUAGCGCAGUACCAGACGACGUACCAAUGGCUCCUUAUGACUCUACUGGACAGGUGGUGUUUGUGAAAGGUGGGGGCAGCGGCAUCGGGUGUGCCACAUGCCUGCAGCUUGCAGGCGGUGGAGCGCGUAUGGUGGUGACGGACUUCAGUGUGCAGACGGCUCGUGAAACCCACAAGAUAGCUAAGGUGGCCGCAUUCCUGCUGUCUAGGCGCAGCAGCUUCAUGGUGGACUCCUACAAGGACGUGACCAGCGAGGAUGGCUUGUGAUGGGCGCCUCUGCUUGAAGUGUCUUGGCCUGGAAAAUAUAUAAUGCUAUACUUGAGCGCUGGUUCUGAAAGUGACGAUAUUGUAACCGCUCCGGGAUUCCAUUUGUUCAAUAAUUUAUAUUUCUGCUUCAAUAAAUGUACAUAAUAUAACUUUUCAUUGCAUUUUUUUAUGAAUGCACAAUAUGAUGCAUACAUUUAAAAAGAGAGUUAUUUUUCUAAUUCAAUUUUAAGCCAAUUUCAAUUUUGCUUUAUUUGACCGCUAAUCGAGAAAAAACAGUGACAAAUCCCAUGACAUUAUGUUUCCAAUCAACUAACGUAAGAGAGAGAGAGAGAGAGAGAGAGAGAGAGAGAG